AACGAUUUAAAAUUAUCUUUCUAUCCCUAUUCUAGCUAUAAUGACUGUUACACAGGAGAUGACCCAGUUUAUGGCAAUCUCAGUCAAGAUAUUUUAGAGGAAUGUUGUUACGAGCAGAUGAAGUCCCAGCCUCAAAGGCCAGUUAACGAACUACAGGUGGAAUCAGUUGAUCAGAUGUGUUACGCCUCACUUGAUCACAGCACCAAGGGAAAACGCAGAAAACCAAGGAGGAAGAAAGACCCUCCAUUAGAGGAUGAAGAAGAAAGAUUAUCUAAAUCUACCAUUACAGCUUCCAAAGCUUGCAUUUACCUUAACAGUGAGCAACUGGCUGCUGAAAAUACAGCAAACGUAGAAGCCAUUCAUGACGAUCCCAUAAGAUUAAUGGGUUUGAUUCAUAGGACAAAUGGAGAGAACAUCUGAAGUGGCUUCAUGAACCAAGUACGAAAUCAAAGCAAGAUCUGCUUUAUUCAUUCUGGAGGAACAGUGAAUGAUUAGAGACAAUACCCCACCAAACUUAAAUUACAAACAAUGGUGUGAAGCAGCUAAGUAAAAUAUUCCAAACCAUCUUCAAAACACAUCUAUGGAUUAAGCAAAAAAUAGCUGUAGGCUCAUACUGCCCUUUUAAAGAGACUUUCCUUCUGAAUACAUUUUGAAAGGGAGCUGUGAACAGAGAUACCAGCUUCUACCUGGUAAAGUAAAAAUUAAUCCUUUGUUUAAAAAUAACCAUCAGCCUUCAUACAGUCCUAGAAGAUCCACUAAGUUGCCCAGAGAACUCUCACAGAGUAUGACUACUCUUCUACAUAGGUUUUAACAGUACUUUUGAAAAGAAAUGGUGUUUCACACAUGCACGCUUAAGGGUUCAGAUGGUUUCCCAAUUAAAAAUAGGUCUGCAUUCAAGAUUGUGUAUUUUCCUAUGGUGAAUAGUGUACAGCAUGGGUGUCCAACCUUUCAGCUGGCCUGGGCUGCACUAAGUAUAAGAAACUGUCUUGGGCCAAUGUUUUCGUUGCUGCUGAAUGAUGGGGUGUGCUAAGGACCAGCUUGGACUGCUUGGUUGGGAAGAGCCACUGCCAUGAUGUGAUGGGGUGGGGAGUGAGGCUAACUACUAGCUGUCUUGGGCUUCACGCAGCCUGUUAGAUAUCCUCACUUUCCUUUUGUGAGCAAUAUUGGCAUACAUCUCGAAUCUUCACUCCUCUACUAACGUAACACUUUUUUGUAUAACACGACUUUUUUUGUACUCAAGAAUAAGUAACGAUACUGGCAAAUAAUUUCUAACCAUCAGCCUUUGCCAGAGAAUUUUUCUAAUAUUCUAUUUUAUAUUUAAAUUCCUAGUGCCUUUGUCAAUAAACUUCUUCACAAAAGUAGAAAGAACUACUUAUUUCCCCAUGUAAUUUACAUUCUAUGUACACAUUCAUCUUUAGACUUUCAACUCAUCAGACGGUAAGCUCUUAUAGAGUAGGGAUUUACUUUUAUGUGGUACAUUCUGGGAGUCAGUAAGUAGCAGAAGAAAAACAGUUACACAUGUUGAUGUGCUAUGCCUACUCUCUAGGUUUUGGACAGUUCUGUCUUUAAAAAAAGAAAGCAAAACAAAAAAAACCCCAACAGCAUGUAAAUACACCCAUGCACAGCAUGGUGCCAAGGAGCUUGAAAUGCUAGAGGGCAUUCAGAGUGCCAGUGUCUAAGGUUCUAAGGAGACAGUAGCUCUAAAUCAGUUACAAAAACCAAACCACCUAUAGUACAAAGAGCCAGUCCCUAGAUGUAACGUAUCUAUGAAGGGGAAAAAAAAAAAAAAGUUAAAUAAGUCUGGUCCAUGUUUAUUUUAGUUAACAAACCUCUUUAAACAAGCUAUGUCUUAACUCCUCUUCUAGAUCAAAAGGAAAAGCAAAUCGCUGCAGACCACACUGCUCAGUAGUACUAUUAGCUGUCUUGAGCUGAAAUCAAAUCAAUACGCAUAGGUCAAUCCAAAAUAAUGCCUCCUACUUAUUUCCAUGGAAAUUACAACAGACACAAAGAGCACAAUAAUGCUGUUUGAUAGAGCAAAUUCUCAGCUACAAAAGUUUUCUGGUAUAACAACCACCAUCAGCCAUAUAUUUUCACCAGCAACAAACAAGAGCCUGCAUGUUGCCCUCAUAAAAAUCUGCACCAGUAGAGCUGAUCAACUGCUGCUGUCAUCGCUGCUGAAACACACCACUCACAGCCUCACUGUGUUCACAUCCGCUGUUUGGUUCCAGGAGCAUUCAGUAAGAGUUGAUGAAAGUCAACAGGAGCAAUGUCUUUCACAUAGAGGAACUGAAUUACACGCCUUUACUUCAUAUGGACUUCCAUGUCACAUGCCAUUUUGUCAGAUGGCCCCUCUGCCGCCACCUGUAGCAUGACAACAAAAUAUAAGAGAAUAUUGGCAGGAUACCUGUAUUGCCCUACCACCACCAUCUGCCUCUCACAUGAUAAAAUAGGAAGUACUACUUUCAGAGCUACCCUCAUAAUUAUAACAAAAUAAGGAAAGGAGACAUUAGGUGUAGUCUCAGUAACAAAACCUGCUUUUUAUAGCAUUAUAUAUAAUUUUGAAGCAGAGGGAAGCAGUUAAAACUUUCUAGCAGAAAGCUUAGCACUUAAAAGUAUGUUGGAGAAGCAUAUUAUACAGUAGCAGAAGCAGAAGACUUUGAACGGAAGAACAGAGAUAAUAGCAGAGUAUUAAGUAGCACCAUUGAAUUUUCAUAGGCCUAUACCAGAUAUCCUCCAGCAAUCAUGACAGACUCUUGGUGAUAUCAUACUUUCUAGAAUACAGAUAAAUUGGAUGUUGGUGGAUCAAACUCCAAAAAUAAUUACAUAACUCUCUCUUAUUUACCACUACUGACACACACAAAAAAUAAUGGAACUGGGAUAAGCUUAUCUUCCAACACCUAAGGUUUUUCAAGAACUACAUUAUGAUUCCAAAUAAUUUCCAUAGAUGAAUGAACUAUUUCUGUUUUUUAAAUAAAUUUGCUUUCAUACCUGGAUAAGCUUGUAUUCUCUUGCUGUUCAAAAGACAUAUCCAGAUACAUCCAAAAAGCUAAUUACAAUUUACAUUUAGAAUAGAUAACAUGGAAUUUCAUACUAAUUACUUUCUCAAGAAAUAAAAGGAAAUAAUUACCUUAACAAAUCCAAGAAGAGUGUAGUUCAUAAAGUAUGUUUCCUAUUGUUCAUCUAUACCUGGAGCCAGAAUAAAAGUGAGCUACUAAAGCAUUUCUAAAAGACAAUCUUAAAUUGUUGAAGAAAACAUAACACUGGAAUGAUGUAAGACACACUGUGUGUGCGUGCAUAUUGCGGAAAUCACUCACUGAAGACUGUCAUCUUAUGCUAGUGUAGGCCUUACUGAAGCUGUUUCCUUAUUCCAUUCAACAGCACUCAAAGUCACCAAAAUCUUAAUUAUAAGUGCUGCAACAGUGUAAAAGCAGAAACAAACCAAAAAACCAACAUCAAAACCAAACCAAAGAGCAUGUACCCCAACAUUAAGUUCAGUCAAAUAAAUUAUCUCCUUUUCUGAAGUUUAGAAAGUUGACAUGGGGCAACGCAGUUAAAACACAGUAUACUUGAUUUGAUACCACUAGAACUGUCUCCUUGCUAAGAAAGAACACAAUAAGAAAAACCCUUGAGAUCCUGCCAAAUCUUUCUUAUGUAUUUGUUGUAGAUAGAUAAACCUUUCCUGAGAAUUUAUUCCAGAAAUAAAAUUUUUAAAGCAGUGUAAUGCAAUAGAAAGCAGAACAGCAAGGUCCCAGGCUGCAGCAAGGGAGGACUUGCACAAAUGCAACAGCUGUGGGCACAGAAAUAAACAACAACAACAACAACAAAACAAACAAAAAAAAACAAAAAAACUGCUUACCUUCAGAAGGCCUCAGGGACACAAGCAUCUCUGGAUAAGACAACCUUUCCUCCACUGCCAAUCCCUAAAAGAGGUCUGGGAAGGGGUGGAGCCAGGAGCCACCCCUUCUGGCUACAUGGGUACACUACAUGCACCUGAGCU